CGCGGCGUCAAGGUGCAAGUAAACCAUGGGUCUACCAGACAUAGAAAAUAUACCUGAAACUGGUGCAGUCUUCACUAUCGGUAGAAGCAGAUUCGCGGAUAACGUAGCGUCACACUUUUUCAUACGAAAGGAUCCAGUAUUGACGAUCACUUGUGGAGAUGAACAUUCCGCCGUCGUAUGUCAAAGUGGCAGAUUGUUCGUUUUCGGAAGCAACGAUUGGGGUCAAUUGGGUCUCGGUCAUAAAAACCAUGUCAGCAAACCAUCCUGCGUGAAAAUCUUAAAGCCAGAGAAAGUCACACACGUAGCAUGUGGAAGAGCUCACACUUUGAUAUGUACGGGUGGACAAAAAAUAUUUGCUUGUGGAAGCGAUCAAGAAGGACAAUUGGGCCGCGGAAAUGCAGCGAUAGGAGACAGCGCGAGCACUCCAGUUUUGGUAUAUGAUUGCGGACUCGCGGGUCCAAAAGUUACACAAAUAGCUGCGGGAUCUCACCAUUCGAUGGCCCUUACCAGCGAUGGUGGUGUCAUCGUCUGGGGAAGCAAUCUAGAGGGACAACUUGGACUAUCGGGGAUCUCUGGACUGGUAAAUAAGCCAACGAAGGUUCCAAUUCCUGAACCGGUGAAAGAAAUCAGCACAGGAUAUUAUCAUUCUGCGUUUUUAACCGAAAGCGGUCUCAUUUAUAUCUGUGGCGAAUCUGAAAGUGGUAAGCUCGGGAUCGAUGUCAAUUUCUCAACACAAGUCGCGCCGAAGCAAAUGUUAUUGCCCACAACGGCGAUACACAUCGCGUGUGGAGGUCAUCAUACUCUCAUAUUAACAGAGAGCGGCAAUGUCUAUUGUGUUGGAAGCAACGCCAGUGGUCAAUUGGGAAUGGGAACGAACGUGACUGAAGUUUCAACGCCGAAACUUCUUUCUCGUGAUGCUCUGCAGGAUCAGUCGAUUGUCAAAAUCGCUUGCGGGGAAAGUCACAGUGCCGUUCUAACGGAAUCUGGCAAACUCUACACGUGUGGUGAUGGUAGACACGGAAAAUUGGGUCUCGAAGAAAAUGAAAAUAACGUUCACGAGUUAACAUUUGCUAUCAAAUAUCAAGAACUUUUUAUUUCGAAUGUAUCUUGUGGUGGCUGUCACACGAUAUUGCUAGGUAAAAGACGCGAGACGAGUAACCAGACAAAUCAAGAAUUAGAAACUGUACAGGUAGAUCACCAGAUCCAAAAAAAGAAUUCUCUGCCUCCUUUGAAACUUCCUGUAAACAGACUACAAGCCGAAAACCAUACGGAUAAAGAGGAGGACGAAAAAGAAUCUACGGAGAGUGAAAAGAUUCUUGAAAAAUCUGUAUCGGAAGACAAUCAGGAAAAUAAACUGGAUAACGAGCAUAAUAAUAUUCCCGAAACACCAAAGGAUAGUAUGAAUAAUUUCGAAAAACCUGAAAUUCCUACAACGAACGAAGAAUCAGAAGAGACGCAAAAAGUCAUAGAAGUAGAAAAGUCAGAAAUCAUAGAUGAAAAAGAGAACGUAGAAAAUAACAAUGAGGAAAACACAACGAAAAUGAAAAUUGAGAGUAAUGUUGAUAUUGAAAAACCAAGCGAAUCAACGACGGCAGAAAUAGAUUCAAAUAAUGUGAUAGAAAAGACAGAAGAAACGACAAAAACUGAAGAAUCGAAAAUUGAAGAUGAAACAAAAACUAGUCCAGAAAAACCAACAUCUCCUGAUCCUAUGCCACCACCUAAACCGCCUCGACAAAAAACAGAAAGUCCUGAAGGAUCUGCAGGCGAGGAUAUCAAAUUAUCACGUAAGUCUUCGGAGGAGGAAGAGAAUAAAGAGAAUAAUCAAGAUAGCAAUCCAAAAAAGAACGAAGAAUAUGAAAUGGAAGAAUCGAUAAUACGAUCUAUGACAGAAGAAACAAAGAAAGAAGAAGAAAGUCCUGCGAAAGUUUCUAUCAAUAGCCAAAAAUCUCAAUCAACGAAGUCGAAUGCCGAUACUAAAGAAACUAUAGUUGCCGACCCUCCAAAUACUCUGGAUGAUUUGAAAAUGACAGAUAAAAUUAUGACAAAUGAAAAAAAUGAUGAAGAACGCGCACACGAUGAUGCUGAUGUAAUACAAUCACCAGCACCUAGAACUGGAAAAAUGGCAAAGUUAUUCAAAGGAAAGAGGCAACAAGAGAUAGAGAAUGGCACAAAAUCUAAUGGAAGUACGAAUCCAAAAUCGAAGUCGAAAACGUGUAUCAUCUUGUGAUCGAGAAGAUUUCAAAGAUUUAAUUAUAUUCUAUUAUAUUUUUUUAUAUCAUACUCCUAUGCGAAUCUCAAACGCUUGGGACCAAAGCGGACAAAAUUAAAUAUUUUCCAAAUAAUCUUGGAACAAAGGCAAAGUGCCUUAUUAUGGAAUUUAUUAUUCAUUGUUGCCUUUAUACGCAUACCUUAAGGUAUGCGUUAUUGUUAAAUUGCUUGAUGAAUUAAAAAUUGUACCAUAAAUGUGAACACAUAAUAAACUUUUCCAUUCUAUUAAAAGAU